AUGCAUAGCACUCUGCAUAAUGAAGUAGACGAGGACUAUGAUAGCUCAUCGAAUGCAUCUUCUGAAGAGCUGGAAAUUGGAAACGGUUCAGAAUCUGAGGAAAAUAUUGGUAAACUUAGUUUCCCUGAAUUUAUUCCUAGAAAGCGAAAUCCUCAGCUCGAGAUAGGUUUAUUGUUUGGGUCUUUUGAGAAAUUGAAAUAUGUAGUUAGAAAUCAUGCAGUCUUCAAUAGGGUUGAACCGAUUUUCAAGCGAAAUGAUAAGGAAAGAUUCCAUUGUGUUUGUAAGGAAGGUUGUUCAUGGAAGUUGUGA